AAGACCGCGAAAUAAGCAGUCGGAAAAUAAACACUCUGGCUGGGACGCAAGCAAAGUCUACUUUACUGUGCAAAAUAGUCGAUGCUAGCAAUGACAGUCUCGCAUUAAUGAAGUUUAGGAUGUACCUUAGUUACCAACUGUACGAAAUACAUAGAAAUAGAUGACUAAGUGGAAAAUGGAUGCGGCUUUUUCCAGCCCAAGACCAACGCCUCAAUUUUUUCAGGAACUGCAGACGUUUUCAACGAAAAAGCAACGAGGAACACCACGUGACUCCCUGCCUCCCAAACCGCCAGUGAAGAGUGCACCUCCUGUCAGCAGAAUCUUCCCUCACAGACCAGUCCAGAGAGCCCAAGUUGUGUCUUUCAGGAGAGAAGAGCACUCAUUCCUGAGCACGAAGUACAAUGAGCACUGCCGAGAUCUCUACUUCAACCAGUGCUUUGAAAUCAUCUCCAAACUGGGAGCUGGUUCAUUUGGAGAGGUUUUCAAAGUGCGCAGCAGGGAGGAUAGCAGGUUGUAUGCGGUGAAGAGAUCACAGGAAAGAUUUAGGGGAGAAUCUGACAGGCGCAGAAAGUUGGAAGAGGUAGCCAAACAUGAGAAACUGCCCCCACACCCCAACUGUGUUGGCUUCUUCAAGGCCUGGGAGGAGAGACAGCAUCUGUACCUGCAGACGGAGCUCUGUAUGCUAAGCCUGAGUAACUUUGCUGACUCGAAUCAUGAGAUUACUGAGACGACUAUAUGGAACUACUUAGUAGAUCUUCUCAUGGCAGUGAAACAUCUCCAUGAACACAACCUGAUCCACAUGGACAUUAAGCCAGACAAUAUCUUUGUCUCUUUCGACGGGGUCUGCAAGCUUGGAGAUUUCGGAUUAGUGCUAGAUUUAUCCAAGAGCCUUGAUAUGUCUGAAGCUCAAGAGGGGGACCCCAAGUACCUCUCUCCUGAACUAAUGGAGGGCAAGUUUGGAAAACCUGCUGAUAUUUUUAGUUUGGGAAUGACAAUGUUAGAAAUGGCUAGUGACCUUGAUCUACCACGUGGAGGUGAGGGUUGGCAUAUUCUCAGAAGAGGAAUCUUACCAGAAGAAUUCUUGCGGGACAAGACUUUUGACCUGAAGUAUGUCAUCAGUCAGAUGUUGGACCCAGACCCAAAGAGUCGACCCACUGUAGAUCAGCUGUUGGCUUUCCCAUGUGUGCGCAAGGUGUGGAAAAGAAGAAUGCGGGACUACAUGAUCAAAAGUGCUGUAUCUCAAGUGAAAGCCUUCUUCUCUUCAUUCUGGCACGGUUUUCUGUUCCUGGUGUCGAUGCUGUUCUUCCCUGUGACACGGUUCUUCCCCCGUAAGACGUCCCGCAUUUCGCUGCCCAGUGACAGCACGCAGUCCUCCCAUGCAGACCACAGCAUCUCAGAUGAUGACUGUUUUGAUGAUUACGACAUCAGCAUCACCAACAACUCCGUAGCAACACCUCUGGACUGUUCGUCAUCAUCACAGGAAAGCUUUGCUAUGCCUUUCCACCCAGCACCAAGGCGAGCAUUCACUACCCCUGUUCUUCGACAUCGACCGAAUAAUGUGCCUACUCCACUCAGCUCUUCACCAGUCGUGCCUUCCAGACAAACGAGGAUUAUUGGGAGUCCCUGUUCGAGCCUAGAGACAAGUAUAGACAGUGACCGAUCACUUACUCCGGUCUACAACAUCGAGGGGCCCUGCCUAGAAGAUCUUGAAGAAAUUGCAAAGCCAGGCAUCGAACCAAAAAACCUUCUAGGGAUGUUCGAGGCUGCUAGUGACGAGGAGGAUUAGAUGACCUGCUGCUGCUGCUGACACUGCCUGCUGAGUCCAUGACCCCUUGCCCGCUGUGUUCAUAUGGUGCUGUCUGCUGAUCACUGCCCUACUGCUGCUUUAUCCCACUGUUGUAAUGUCUCGUGUAAGGUUUAGGAUUCCCCCAACUGUCUGCCAAUGUGCUUGUGAGGCUACGCAAUAUUAACUCACAAACUCUAGGAUCAAGUUGACAAGGAUUAGCAGUUAACCAUAUGCAAGUUUCUUAAGUUUAUGUUUUUCUGAUGGGUUAGGUAUCAAUAUAUUUAAAUACAGAUAAUUUUCCAUAAUUCUUAGGAGAAUUUGAACAACACUUUGCCUCAUGAUGAGAAAUUGUACUGACUUUAUUGUUGUCGUUCUUAUUCGGGAAAACAACAUUUGGACCUGAAAUUGUCGGAAUGGAUUUUGUGUGCAAGGCAUGACUCUGUAUGAAGAAUUAAAAGGUGAAGUCACAAAUAAAAGGAAUCUGAAAUAUGUGAAUAAUUCUUUUAAGAACAGAUAAUUUUUUUUCUAUUAUGAAUUAUUUUAAUACCCUUAAAAAUAAUGGAAUUGAAGUAGUGUGUAUUUUACUAAUGGUUUGGUAAAUUGAUUUACAUAUUAAGUAUCAAUAUUCAUAAACUUGUAGUGAUGCAGUGUUGACAUUAGAUAUCAAUUGUUACAUCAAUAUCAAGAUAAAUGAUGACAUCCAGAGUUGCCAGCCCCGUUAAAUAUAUUUAACGCCUUGCACCAUUCAAAUACUCAGUUACCUAGAUCUCAUGUGAUUCCCAUCACUUAGGUCACAGUUUUUAGUGUUUUAGGUUCACAGAUUUUCACUGGAGCAAUGAGCAUACCUAGCACGGGUUGACCACAAUAAGAAAUUCAUGUAGCUCAAUAUUUUGUUUUAUUUGGCAUUACAUUGUUUGGGUCAGUCAGUUUAGUGGGAAGAAAAUAAAUGCUAAUUCUGUUUUACGUGCAGGAUGUUUAGUACUUGUACUGUAACAUACUACAAACAAUGCAUUUGAUCAGCUUUAUUUAAAAGUUCAUAGUUUCUUAUGUUUGUUUGCCUUGAUGUUUAUGCUGUUUGUAUUUUAUUUCUGAUUGUGGCUUUUGGGAGUGGUCGAAUCUGUAAGCCAAGAAAUAAAACAAAGUGUCACUUAAGGUUUUAAACCAGUUCUUGAAUGAAGGGAUUUACAUGCAACAUUUGUACAAAGAACCGACCUGUCGCCACUGACCAUGUCUUCCUUUGAGGGACAUUUCCAUGUGUUCAUGAAAAACUAGUCACUGUAGACGCACAGCAGUAUUUUAAAUUGAGCGUGAGAUGUGAGGGUCCUCGUCAUAGCCAUGCUAAAAGGUAAAGAUUUAGGGGUCCCUAGAUUCAAAUACUUUGGGAGAAAACCCCAAGGAACCCACGAUCCACUUAAUUUUGAACACUGCACAGUAUAUGAUUGUAUAGAUGUAAAUAAUAGCUAUUAGUAAUUCUAUAUAUUAUGGAUUAACUACAUAACCAGUGACACCAGUUAAUAUUGUGUCUUUAUACUAUGAUUGUGAGACCUAAGCAUUAUUAACCUUAGCAAUACCGACACUGUUGAAUGUCGGCCUCGCAUUGUAUGCUUCGCUUUAUGCCACAAGAGUGUUCUAUUUACUACUGCCUCUGUAUUAAUUAUACCUUUGAAGAAAAUUUGACCGUUUCCCCUUAAUUUUCUGAUCACGUAUAUUUAAGAGAUAACCUUUUUUUGCAUGUUCAGAGAGUUCACAUCAGCAUGUAUGGAAAUGUGGGUUGGGUUCUUUUUAGAAUUUUAUUACAAAUAUAUGUUAUUCUUCUUCAUCAUAUGUUCCUGUUGGUGGGUAAGCAGGUCUGGUAAGGGUAAGGACAACUGGUGAAAGACAAUAGCUUCUGGCAAACAAGGAAGUAUGGGUUCUGUCAAGAGAUUUAAGGUUGUAUUUCUCAAGCCUGGGGAAGGGGAUGUAACCUGUUAGUUUAUAUAAGUCAUAAUCGAUAAUUCCAAGUGUCAGGGGGGCGGUCGGGUAGCCUAGUGGUUAAAGCGUUCGCUCGUCACGCCGAAGACCCAGGUUCGAUUCCCGACAUGGGUACAAUGUGUGAAGCCCAUUUCUGGUGUCCCCCGCCGUGAUAUUUCUGGAAUAUUGCUAAAAGCGGCGUAAAACCAUACUCACUCACUCACUCACUCACUCACUCACUCACUCCAAGUGUCAGGUGAGUUGUCUUUAUUACCCAACAUUAAGAUUAAUCGACAAUAGCUAAAUGUCAUAAUUUAUUGAAUGUUGUGAUGAGUUGGUAGUUUGCAAAAUGUUUUUAGAAAAGCUCUUCAGGCAAUCAGAAUUAGUGCUAAAAUGCCAAAACUAAUAUCUACUGUACCUGGUAAGAUCCGGGUUAGAAUAGGUCUUCAGCAAACCCUGCUUGCCCUAAAAGGCGACUAUACGUAAUGUAAGAGGGGACAAACUGGAUCUGGUGGUCAGACUCACUGACUUGGUUGAUGCAUGUCAUUGUAUCCCAAUUGUGUAGAUUGAUGCUCAUGAUGCCAAUCACUCAGCAAUAUUCCAGCUGGUCUGUAAAUGAUCGAGUCUG